CCUAGGGGUUUUGUUCCGGUUCUGCGCACGGUCCGUCCCGCCUGCGCCCCGUGGAGCGCCCAGAGUCUGCGGCGCCUCGGGGUGCCGAGUUGCAGCCCGUUGGUGUCGAGAACCGGCAGCGUCCCAUCCCCAGCGGAGCCAGUCUCCGGCUGUCAUGGCCACGGUCGCGAGCUUGCGGGUCUGCGGGGCGAAGGGGCCUGGCUGGCUCCUGCGCGGCCCGUGGGCUCCGCCCGCCGCCGGCUUCUGCAGCCGGGUACCAGCCGGGGCCGGGCAGCCGGAACCCGAGGCGCGGCCCACCAGUGCGCGGCAGCGGGACGGUAUCAGGAGCAUUGUUCUGAGCAAUCCAAGGAAGAGGAAUGCGUUGUCACUUGCAAUGCUGAAAGCUCUCCAAAGUGACAUUCUCCAUGACGCUGAAAGCGAAGAUCUGAGAGUCAUUGUAAUCUCAGCUGAGGGGCCUGUGUUUUCUUCUGGGCAUGAUUUAAAGGAACUGACUGAUGAGCAAGGCCAUGAUUAUCAUGUUGAAGUGUUUCAAACCUGUUCUGAGGUCAUGAUGCAGAUUCAGAAUCACCCGGUUCCUGUCAUUGCCAUGGUGAAUGGCUUGGCCACAGCUGCUGGUUGUCAGCUGGUUGCCAGCUGUGACAUUGCUGUGGCGAGCGACAAGUCCUCUUUUGCCACUCCUGGUGUGAACAUUGGGCUCUUCUGUUCCACCCCAGGGGUUGCCUUGGGAAGAACAGUGCCUAGAAAGGUUGCCUUAGAAAUGCUUUUUACUGGGGAGCCCAUUUCUGCUCAGGAGGCCUUGUCCCAUGGGUUACUCAGCAAGGUAGUGCCGGAAGAGCAGCUGGAGGAAGAGACCAUGAGAAUAGCAAAGAAGAUUGCCUCCUUGAGCCGCCCUGUGGUGUCUUUAGGCAAAGCCACCUUCUACAAGCAGCUGUCCCAGGACCUUAGAACAGCCUACUGCCUCACCUCCCAGACCAUGGUGGACAACCUGGCCCUACAGGAUGGGCAGGAAGGAAUCAAGGCUUUCAUCCAGAAGAGAAAACCCAUCUGGUCACAUUGAGCUGAUAUUAACAGAGGAAUCAAGGGGGAGUGGGCCCAGUGGGCAGCAUUCGGAGGCCCACCCACACCCCUCACCCUCUGAUUCUCCAACCACCACAGCUGCCUCUUGAUUGUAAUAGAAGACACUCUAUUUUUAUAACAUUAAUAUUGGUUGCACCACCUGUGGUCUAUAUUAAUAGCCAUGAUUCCAUAGGUAAGUAAAGAGGGUAAAUGGAGGGGAGAGUAACGGAAUAGAGAGGAAAAUGAAGCACCAACUGAAGUAGAAGGUUAGUAAGCACCUCUGCUGGGCCAGCUAUUGUAGAAAGCCUUUUGUUUGACCUACUUCUCCUUCCCAGGACCCUAAGUGAGGAAAUGCCCUUAUAUAAGAGAAGGUGGUGCUAAACUGAGGGGUUGAAGAAGGAUGCCAACCUGAAAUGUCCUCUAGAGUUAAUUCUAGUUGCUCAAGAGAGGUGAAACAUUUCAAAUCUUCACAAGAUAUUCUCCACACUGAAAAUCUUUUUGCUUCUGUUGAGAAAUAAUCAUGCCUAUGGCUUUGGAAUAAUUUUGUGUGAUUUAAAUAGAUUAAAUAUUUAUAGAGACUGGUAAUUUUAUCUUCCCAACCAGACUUCAAGCAGUUUGAGAAAAGAAAAAAAAAACUUGAUUAGCUCUUUCUUUGUGUGCCCACACUGAUGGGCAUAUGGUAGGUGCCUUAUGUUUCUGUAAUGAAUGUUCUCGUCCUCCAAGAUCCUAUAAAACCAAGACCCUGGGCUAAACCCUAAGAUAAAAACUGGAGAGAGGUGGAAAGGGAAGCAGAACAUAUACUCCUACCCAUUAAGAAUCACCUUCUCUGAUAAGUCAGUCACAAAGGACAAAUACUGUAUGAAAUAUCUAAUAUAAGCUAAUGUAUGGAGAUCAGAGUUUAUUAGUGGUUACCAGUGGCAGGCAAGAGGGGGAAAAGAGGAGCCACUGUUUAGGAAGCAUCUGUUAAUGGUGUUGAGAAAUUUGGCAAUGGAUAUGGGUGAUGAUUACACAACAUGAUUAAUGUAAUCAAUGUUACUGAAUUAUACAUAUAAAAGGUGUUGCGUUAUCAAAUGUUGAGUUAUAUAUAUUUUUACCACACACACACACAAAUAGUAAUCACGUUCUCUGGACACAUUUCUGAACUCUAUUUGAUUUCAGGUAAAGAAUCCAAACAAGCAUCAGGCAUUCGAGUUCCCCAGCUGAGUGUGUGUUUGGAUUGUCUUUGUUGUUAGGUGCCAUGGAGUCGGUUCCAACUCACAGCGACCCUAUGUACAACAGAACAAAACACAGCCUGGUCCUGCGCCAUCCUCACAAUCGUUGUUACGCUUGAGCCCCU